AUAGAUCUAUUGCUCACUUUUUCAUAAGAAGUGGAGAGACCGUGAGUCGGCAAUUCAACUUAUGUCUGAGGGCUAUACUUAAGUUGCAUGACCAUUUGCAUUACAAGCACAAACCAAUAUUAGAAGAAUGUGAAGAAGAAAGGUGGAAACCUUUUAAGAAUUGUUUAGGAGCGUUGGAUGGUACCUACAUAAAUGUAAUUGUACAUCCCCAAGAUCGUGGUAAAUAUCGGACAAGAAAAGGUACCAUUGCUAUGAAUGUGUUAGGUGUUUGUGCACCCAACAUGCAAUUUAUCUAUGUUCUUCCGGGUUGGGAAGGCUCUGCUCACGAUGUCCAUGUCCUUCGCAAUGCUCUCACUAGGCCAAAUGGCUUUAGGGUUCCUAGAGGUAACUAUUAUUUGGUCGAUGGGGGGUAUACAAACUGUGAGGGUUUUCUUGCUCCAUAUAGAGGACAACUAUAUCAUCUUAAGGAAUGGACAGAUAGACAACCACUAACUGCAGAAGAGUAUUACAAUAUGAAGCAUGCUCGAGCAAGAAAUGUAAUUGAAAGAUGUUUUGAGUUACUUUAAGGGAGAUGGAGUAUACUUAGAAGCCCCUCCUUUUUCCCUAUUCGAACUCAAGGACGUAUUGUGAUGGCUUGUUGUUUACUUCAUAAUUUAAUAAGGAUAGUGAUGCCCACAGAUGAUGUAGAAGAAGAGAAUAUGAGUAAUGACAAUGCCGAUAACAAUUCCGUUGAUGAAGUUGAAUACAUUACUACAAUAGCUACUUCUGAUCGAUGGACUAAUUAUAGAAAUACGUUAGCUCAAGAUUUGUUUAAUGCUUGGAGGGCAAGAGUUAGACAAGGUACUUGAAAUGGAGGUGAAUACCAUUAGCCAAGAGGGAAGUAGUAGAGGGAGGGGCAAGAAUAAGUGCUUUUGGACAUGUCAAGAAGAUUCCAUGCUAAUAAAGUAUUUACACCAAUUGUCUACUGAUCCUAAGUGGAAAGGUGAGGGCGGUUUUAAAAAUGGUUACAUGAGUAGGUUGGAAGAGUUGAUUAAUGAUGAGCUUCCUAGUUUUGGUUUGAAGGCUUUUCCGCACAUUGAAUCAUGAAUCAAACAUUGGUCAGAGAAAUACAGUGCACCAGCUAAGAUGUUAUCUACUUCGGGAUUUGGAUGGGAUGCCGAUAAAAAGAUGUUGCAAGUAGAGAGAGCAGUGUUCGAUGAAUGGACAAAGGUUCAUAAGAAGGCUAAAGGAUUAUAUGGGGUACCUUUUCCUCACUAUGACAUCCUUGAGGAGAUUUAUGCUAAAGAUAAGGCCACGGGUGAUCAAAGUGAGUCUUUUGUGGAAGCAAUCAAUAGCAUAGAUGUUGAAGUUACAAAGAAGUCAAUUUUCAUAGCUAGUGAUGAGGAGGAUGAUGCGGAUUCAAGAAGCCGGUCGACUACUUUCUCUAUACAAUUCAAGAAGCGCUCGAUUAAACAAGAGAAUGAUAAUUCAACAUCUUCAAAAGAACCCAAGCUCAAGGAAUUGAAACGAAAGAAAAAUCUUCAAAGUGAUGUUGAUAAUUUGGUUUCUUCUCUUCAUGAAGCUACAAGUAAUUUCGGGAAAAUUUUUGAUAAUAUUAAUGUUAAUCUUGGCACGAUGGCUAAUGCGUGGGCCAAAGCCGAGGAGAGAUAGCAGAAGAUGGAUGAAAAAGUGAAUAAAGUCUUGGAAGAGGUUAUGAAAUUAGAUGGCAUCUCACCCUCUGAAGCUUUAGAAGUAGCUACAAUUCUCAUUGCUGAAGAACACAAGCUUCGCAUCUUUUAUCAAGCUCAUUCGAACCUCAAGAAACAAUAUGUGCUCGAUCUUCUUAAGAAAAAGUGAA